AUGCCUAGUCUAGUGGUAUCUGGAAUAAUGGAAAGAAAUGGGGGCUUUGGAGAACUAGGAUGUUUCGGGGGAAGCGCUAAGGACCGAGGGCUGCUGGAAGACGAGCGCGCCCUUCAGCUGGCUCUCGAUCAACUCUGCCUCCUGGGUUUGGGGGAGCCCCCCGCCCCCACGGCGGGCGAGGACGGGGGAGGUGGGGGGGGCGGCGCCCCCGCGCAGCCGGCCGCCCCCCCGCAGCCGGCCCCGCCGCCGCCGCCCGCGGCGCCCCCGGCCGCCCCGACGGCGGCCCCCGCGGCGCAGACGCCCCAGCCCCCCACCGCCCCCAAAGGGGCCAGCGACGCCAAGCUCUGCGCUCUCUACAAAGAGGCCGAGCUGCGCCUGAAGGGCAGCAGCAACACCACCGAGUGUGUACCAGUGCCCACCUCCGAGCACGUGGCAGAGAUCGUGGGCAGGCAAGGCUGCAAGAUUAAGGCUCUGAGGGCCAAGACCAACACCUACAUCAAGACGCCCGUGCGAGGCGAGGAGCCAGUGUUCAUGGUGACUGGGCGGCGGGAGGACGUGGCCACAGCCCGCCGGGAAAUCAUCUCAGCGGCCGAGCACUUCUCCAUGAUCCGCGCCUCACGCAACAAGUCGGGCGCCGCCUUUGGAGUGGCGCCUGCUCUGCCCGGCCAAGUGACAAUUCGUGUGCGGGUGCCCUAUCGCGUGGUGGGACUGGUGGUGGGCCCCAAGGGGGCAACCAUCAAACGCAUCCAGCAGCAGACCAACACGUACAUUAUCACGCCAAGCCGGGACCGCGACCCGGUGUUCGAGAUCACCGGUGCCCCGGGGAACGUGGAGCGUGCGCGCGAGGAGAUCGAAACGCACAUCGCGGUCCGCACAGGCAAGAUCCUCGAGUACAACAAUGAAAACGACUUCCUGGCGGGGAGCCCCGACGCCGCGCUGGAUAGCCGCUACUCUGAGGCCUGGCGGGUGCACCCUUCCGGCUGCAAGCCCCUCUCCACCUUCCGGCAGAACAGCUUGGGCUGCAUCGGCGAGUGCGGAGUGGACUCUGGCUUUGAGGCCCCGCGCCUCGGCGAGCAGGGAGGGGACUUUGGCUAUGGCGGGUACCUGUUCCCUGGCUAUGGCGUGGGCAAGCAGGACGUGUACUACGGAGUGGCCGAGACUAGCCCCCCGCUCUGGGCGGGCCAGGAGAACGCCACGCCCACCUCGGUGCUCUUCUCUUCCGCCUCUUCUUCCUCCUCCUCUUCCGCCAAGGCCCGCGCUGGGCCCCCGGGAGCGCAUCGCUCUCCUGCCGCCUCCGCGGGGCCCGAGCUGGCCGGACUCCCGAGACGCCCGCCGGGAGAGCCGCUCCAGGGCUUCUCUAAACUUGGGGGGGGCGGCCUGCGGAGCCCCGGCGGCGGGCGGGAUUGCAUGGUGUGCUUCGAGAGUGAGGUGACUGCCGCACUGGUGCCCUGCGGACACAACCUGUUCUGCAUGGAGUGUGCAGUACGCAUCUGUGAGAGGACGGACCCGGAGUGUCCCGUCUGCCACAUCACAGCCACGCAAGCCAUCCGAAUAUUUUCCUAAGCCCCUGGCCCCUGGCCUCCUGGGGCCGCUCACCAGGGGCCCUUCCUGGAGCUGUUU